AUGGCCGGUCGCGGUGACAUCCCCGAGGAAGUGCCAUCCAAGGUCACCACCCGUUGUCUGCUGCUCAUGAUGACCAUCUGCGCUGGAGGUUUCCUCUUCGGUUACGACAUUGGUGUCAUCAGUGGUGUUCUGAUCAUGAGGGACUUCGUGCUGCGAUUCGGUGGUUCCGAGACUAUGCCCGGAUCUAACACCUGGAGUCUCCCUGACCACACCAUUUCCGUGCUCAACGCCACCCUCUCGGCUGGAACCUUUUUCGGUGCUCUCCUCCAGGCUCCCAUCUCUGACUACAUCGGUCGUCAGAGGAGCAUGAUCAUCUGGGCCGUCUCCUUCACCGUCGGCGCCGUCAUUCAGGUUUCCACCGACACCUCCAUCCCUCAAUUCAUCGUCGGACGUGUCUUUGCUGGUCUCGGUGUCGGAGCCCUCUCUGGUCUAUGCCCUCUCUACCUUGGAGAGACUGCACCCAAGGCUAUCCGAGGUAUGAUGGUCUCUGGCUACCAGCUUCUCAUCAUCUUCGGUAUUGCCCUCUCUUACGGUAUCGGCUGGGCCUCGCACACCGCCGAGUACUCGUCUGCAUCCUGGAGGAUUCCGGUGGGCAUGCAGAUGCUCUGGGGCCUAAUCCUCAUUGUACUGGUCACAAUGCUGCCAGAGUCUCCACGAUGGAACCUUCAGAGGGGAGAUGUUCUCAAAGCACGAGAGACGAUGGCCUCCAUGCGAGGAUUCAAACUCAUCGAUACCCCCGAAGGUCCUCGUGGUGACGCUGCUCUCGAGGAUGAACUCGCUGAGAUGGAGCAGUUCAUCAGCGCCGAGCGAGAGGCAUUUGCUGGCACCAACUACUUCACUGCCUACCUCAGGUGCUUCUCUCGCGAAAAGCAGCUAUGGCGACGAACUCUGCAGGGUAUGCUUGUCCAGACCUUCCAGCAACUCAACGGACAGAACUUCUACUACUACUACGGCCCCGUCUUCUUCCAGUCUGCCGCCGUAUCACUCGACUCGUACCAGAUCCAAUUUAUCCUCGGAGCUGUCUCGCUGCUCGCCACAGUCCCCGCCCUCAUCACUGUGGAAAAGGUGGGUCGAAGGAACUCGCUCCUAGUCGGUUCCGUCGGCUGCGCGACCUGCGCCUUCAUCGUCGCCUUUGUUGGACACUUCUCGCUCGCUCCCAGUGGCACCCCUCCUGAUGCCCUCACCAGCGCCCAGAAGUCUGCUGGAGGUGCCUUCAUCGCCUUUGCCGUCAUCCACCUCGUCUUCUUCAGCACCUUCUGGGGUCCCGUUCCCUGGAUCUACCUCUCCGAGUCCUUCCCUCAAAGUACCCGAGCCAAGUGCAUCUCUCUAGGUGCCGCAAGCAACUGGUUCUGGAACUUUAUGCUUUCAUACUUCAGUCCUGGCCUCAACAGCAAGUAUUCAACCUAUAUCUUGCUCAUUUUCGGUAGCAUUACCUACACGGCUGGUAUUUUCGUGUACUUCUGCCUGCCGGAGGUCAAGGGUCUCUCCCUGGAGCAAGUAGACUACAUGUACGAGUCAGGUGCCGCAAACAAGGCUUGGACCACGAGCAAAUGGAUUCCUCCUAUUGGUGACACAAACAGAGGUACCCUUGGUGGCGGUAGGAAGAGGGUUGUGGGUAACCAGAUUGGUCCCAAUAACGCGUAG